AUGUUAGUGUAUGAGUUCAUGCCACGUGGCAGCUUGGAAAAUCAUCUUUUCAGGAGAAGUUCUUAUUUUCAGCCUCUUUCAUGGAACCUUAGAAUUAAAGUUGCUUUAGGUGCUGCAAAGGGACUUGCAUACUUACAUAGUCCUGAAGCAAAAGUGAUAUAUCGUGAUUUCAAGUCCUCCAAUAUAUUAAUUGACUCAAAUUACAAUGCAAAACUUUCUGAUUUUGGGUUGGCAAAAGAUGGACCCAUUGACGGUAAAAGCCAUGUGUCUACACGGGUUAUGGGUACCCAAGGCUAUGCAGCUCCUGAAUACAUGGCCACAGGUCAUUUGACUGCAAGAAGCGAUAUAUACAGUUUUGGGGUGGUUCUACUUGAGCUUUUGACAGGUAGGCGAUGCAUUGAUAAAAACCGUCCACCUGGCGAGCAGAUAUUGGUUGUAUUUGCUAAGCCAUUUUUGACUAGCAAACGAAAGAUUCUUCACAUCAUGGACCCACGUAUCGAAGGGCAAUACGCGUCUUCUGUUGCCACACGGGCUGCCAUGCUGGCAAUGAAGUGUCUGAUGAAAGAACCCAAACACAGGCCGACUGCUGAUGAGUUGGUUAAAGCAUUGGAACAGAUUCAGGAGUUACAGAAAUCGUUGGAGAAUGUUGGAAUGGAAUCAGUGAGAAAAGAGAAUGGGAAUGGGAAUGGGAAUGGGAAUGAGAAGAAAGUUGUUUCUUAUCCGAGGCCUGUGGGGUCCACUAGUGUUUAAAAAGAUGGUUAAGUUUAUUUUUUAUUCAGUUGGGGCUGAAUAAGUUGUAUUAGAGUUGGGAAAGAAAAACAGGGGGUCUAAUGGUGGGGAUAUUUUGGUGUACAGUUUUCGAGUUUUGAUGCAUAUGUACUUUCGAAUUUGGGCGAUUCGUGGUUUAUGUGUAUGUUGUGGUGAGUGUGAUUCUCAUUAAGAAAGAAAUUU